AUGGCCCGGCUGGGCGGUGCUGGACAGGACACCCUGGCUGGAGGAAGGGGCCAUCCGCACCCAGAGCCUGCAGUGGGGAAUGCCAGCGCGGAGCCCCCCAGCAGCCUGCUCCCCCCGGAGCGGGGCUGUGCCUGGAGCCCCCAGGCUGAGGGAGGCGAGGAGCCCCUGCGGCUGCCCACCUUCUCCCCCGCCGCCCAGGCCCGCGUGGCCGUCACCUUCGCCCUCUUCGCCCUCUCUGCUGGCUGUAACCUGGCGGUGCUGCGGGUGGCGGGGGGCCGGCGGGGCGGACAACGUUCCCACAUCCGCCUGCUGCUGUUGCACCUGGCCGCCGCCGACCUGCUGGUGACGGUGGCGGUGAUGCCGCUGGAUGCCGUCUGGAACAUCACGCUGCAGUGGCGGGCGGGCGACCUGGCCUGCCGCCUCCUCAUGUACCUCCGGCUGCUGGCCAUGUACGCCUCUGCCUUCGUCACCGUUGUCAUCAGCCUGGACCGGCAGGCCGCCAUCCUGCGCCCGCUGGCCAUCGCCCGUGCCCGGAGGAGGAACCGCAUCAUGCUCUACGUCGCCUGGCUCCUCAGUGCGGGACUCUCGGUGCCCCAGCUGUUCCUCUUCCGCACGGUCACCCUCCGCCCGCCGCACAACUUCACCCAGUGCACCACGCGGGGCAGCUUCCCCCAGCCCUGGCACGAGACCCUCUACAACAUGCUCGGCUUUGCCUGCCUCUUCCUGCUGCCGCUGCUGAUCAUGGUCUGCUGCUACGCACGCAUCCUCCUGGAGAUCUCCCGGCGCAUGGGCUCCAGCCUCUUCUCCUCGCAGGACGUGUCGCUGCGGUGCUCCAGGAACAACAUCCCACGGGCACGGCUGCGCAUGCUGAAGAUGAGCCUGGUCAUCGUGUCCUCCUUCAUCCUCUGCUGGACCCCCUACUACCUGCUGGGGCUGUGGUACUGGUUCUGCCCACGGGCCAUGGAGAAGAGGGUCUCGCCGGCCCUCACCCACAUCCUCUUCAUCUUUGGCCUCUUCAAUGCAUGCCUGGACCCCAUCACCUACGGGCUCUUCACCAUCCCCUUCCAGAGGGGCUGGGGCUGCCCCUGCGGGGACAAGCCAGCGCUGCUGGGGACGGGCUGGGUGGGAGUCGGUCCUGGCUGCUCCUGUCCCUGCCGUGGGGUGGUCCCGGGACCCCCAGGGAGGCCCAGCUCCGAGGGCAUCCCCCGCAUCGGCCAGGGCUGGGUGCUGGCCUCUGCAGCGGCUGCCGGGGCUGUUGGUCCCCGCCGGGCUCCUGGCCCCGGUGGGGCGCGGGGCUGGUCCCUGCUGGUGGAGCUGAGCUGGCAGCAGUCCCAGGGCACCGUGCAGCCUUGCACCCGCUGGCAGCUCCGCUAG